GGUUGAGGGGGAGGGAUCCGGGCCCGGCCGCGGCGGCGACACCGCCCCUCGCUCGGCCCCGCCCCGCCGGGAGGGAGGGAGACGGAGCCCGAGCCCCGCAGCCGAGCCCCGCAGCCGGAGCAGGGGGCCCCGGGCGCCCAGGAGCCCCACAGCGGGAGCCGGGGCCCCAGCAGCAGCAGCGGAGCCGGAGCCCCUCGGGGCCGCCCCCUUCCGUGUGGCCGGCGGAGUCGCUGUCGCACCCCCGUGAGCUCCGCUGGGGGCAGGCCGGAGGCGGCGGCAGAAUUCAAUAAUUGAUGCUGGUCCCCUGCCGGGAGAGUUCAUCUGAAGACUGCCCAUGGACGAUCGAUGCUUGUGUUUGCUGAAAUUCUAGGAUUCUUUGCUUUACUGUUUAAUUUACUGAAGAGUCCAUUUUUUUCCCAUGAGUCAUCUUCCACCUCUGGAAAGAUAGAGGUGACAAAAGUUGAGAGGAACCCAGUUAGAAGACAAAGUAAUCUUUAGCAUGUACAUGAAUAUACUGUGGUGUCCACCUGUGAACACGACAUGAAGUGCAAAGUAGUUCAACAUGAGUGGCCUUGGGGACAGUUCAACAGAUCCUGCUAACCCUGAUUCCCGGAAGAGGAAGGGGUCACCAUGUGAUACAUUGGCCCAGAGCAAUGAAAAGCGACGCCGGGAGCAAGAGAAUAAAUACUUAGAGGAGCUGGCGGAGCUGCUGUCGGCAAACAUUGGCGACAUCGACACCCUGAGUGUCAAGCCAGACAAAUGCAAGAUUCUAAAGAAGACGGUCGACCAAAUCCAGCAGAUGAAGAGGUUGGAACAAGAGAAAACAGCUGAUGAUGACGUCCAGAAGUCUGACAUCUCGUCCAGCAGCCAAGGAGUGAUCGAAAAGGAAUCUCUGGGACCUCUUCUCCUGGAAGCACUGGAUGGCUUUUUCUUCGUUGUGAAUCGUGAGGGGAGGAUUGUGUUUGUGUCCGAGAAUGUGACCAGCUACCUGGGUUAUAACCAGGAGGAGCUCAUGAAUACCAGUGUCUACAGCAUCCUGCAUGUAGGGGAUCAUGCGGAGUUUGUCAAGAAUUUGCUGCCAAAGUCUCUAGUAAAUGGAGUUCCUUGGCCUCAGGAAGCAACCAGACGCAGCAGCCAUACCUUCAGCUGCCGGAUGCUGAUCCGCCCCCCUGAUGAGCUGGGUGCGGAGAACCAGGAGGCUCGCCAGCGCUAUGAGGUGAUGCAGUGCUUCACCGUGUCCCAGCCCAAAUCGAUCAAAGAGGAAGGAGAAGAUUUCCAAUCUUGUCUGAUAUGUAUUGCCCGGAGAUUACCUCGACCUGCAGCUGUCACCAGUUCAGAAUCUUUCAUGACCAAGCAAGAUACUACAGGUAAAAUUAUCUCCAUUGACACCAGUUCCCUAAGAGCCGCAGGCAGAACUGGCUGGGAGGAUUUAGUACGGAAGUGCAUCUAUGCUUUCUUCCAGCCUCAGGGCAGAGAGCCAUCUUAUGCCAAACAGCUAUUUCAAGAAGUGAUGACACGUGGCACGGCCUUCAGUCCAUCGUACAGAUUCACGCUGAGCGACGGAACGGUACUUAGCGCCCACACCAAGUGUAAGCUCUGCUAUCCUCAAAGCCCAGAAAUGCAGCCUUUCAUCAUGGGCAUCCAUAUCAUUGACAGGGAUCACCACAUGCUUUCUCCUCAAGAGAACACUAACUCUGGAAUGCCCCUUCCCCGUGUCAGCCCUGCGCUGAACCCCAGCAUCUCCCCAGGGCAAGGCAUGGCUCUCUCGUCUGCCAUCCCUCCAUCCAACAGCGGCAUGUUGGCGACCAGUGUAAAUCAGCAGCCAAGCUCUGGCCUCCAUAGCAGCAAUUCCAGCACCGGCCAGAUGAGCUUUGGGUGUUCACCUGGGAAUCAGAUCGGAGCCAAUGUUGCCUUAAACCAGGGACAAGCUGGUCCCCAGAACAACAGCCACCUUUUAAACCUCAGUAGCUCCCCCAUGAAUAGUCCAGGGAUUACCCCAGCACAGUUCAUGUCUCCUAGGCAUCGGGUUAGCCCAGGAUUGGUACCAAGGCCCAGAAUACCAAGCAAUCCUUUCUCUCCUACCAUGCCUACCAUGCAUUCCCCUGUGGGCAUGGCAAGCAGUGGCUGCAGCAGCAGUGGCAGCAGCAACAGGCCUUUCCCCAAUGCCCCGAUAAACUCUAUGCAGGGGCUUAAUGAAGGCCCAAGCACCCCCAUGGGCUACUCCACGCCACCUCCCAUUCUGAGGCAGCCGAGCUCCCAGAACUCGCCCGGCCGGCUCAGCAUGCAGCCUGUAAAAACGGAGCCGAAAGACAGCAAGGAGAUUGCCUCCAUCCUGAGCGAGAUGAUUCAGUCUGACAGUGGCUCGAGCGAUGGCAAGCCACUGGACUCAGGCCUGCUACAUGCCAGUGACAGACUCUCGGAGGGAGACGCCAAGUGCUCCCAAGCUACCAGCCACAAGCUGGUUCAGCUCCUGGCCACAACGGCAGAACAACAGCUGCGGCAUGCUGAUGCAGACACUAGCUGCAAAGAUCCCUUAUCCUGCACAGGUGCCUCUGGGAACCCUCCAGGCAAUGCGUGUCCCUCUUCCCAUAGCUCCCUCACAGAGCGGCACAAGAUCUUACACCGUCUCUUGCAGGAGGGCAGCCCCUCUGACAUCACCACUCUGUCCAUGGAGCACGACAAGAAGGAUACUGCGACAAACGCUGCCACCACCCCUACCUCUCAGAGUCAGAUCCCGGGGACCCCUGAAAUCAAACUGGAGCCAGAGGCCUUGAAGAAAAAGGAGUCCAAGGACCAUCAGCUCCUACGCUACCUACUAGACAAGGAUGAGAAGGAUCUUGCUGCGGUCCCAGCCCUGAGUCUGGAUGACGUGAAGGUGAAAGUGGAGAAAACGGAGCAGAUGGAUCUGUGCAAUACGACUCCGGCCCCGCUGACCAAGCCCCCUGCCGCAGAGGAGAUAAAGCUAGAGUCGCAGGGCCAGUUUGCUGCUGACCUUGACCAGCUCGAUCAGCUACUGCCUUCGCUGGAGAAAGCAGCCCAGUUGCCAGGCUUGUGUGGGACAGAUAGAACGGAAAGCAGCAUGGCUGGUGUUGCGGUCAAACCUGAGAUUCUGGCAGCCCCCCUCCAGCCCAGCGCUGCAGCAAGAACUCCAAUGGGGCUUAAUAGAUUGUCUGAACUGGAGUUGGGAGUCUCAGAUCAACAGUUUGGACAGCCAGGAAUGGGUGACCAGAUUCCAUGGGCAGACAACACCAUGGCCUCCAUGAAUCGAGUAUCUUUGAAUAAACCAGACGACCAGUGCAUCACUUCCCAACUGGACGAACUCCUAUGCCCUCCCACCACGCCGGAGGGCCGGAAUGACGAGAAAGCCCUGCUCGAGCAGCUUGUGUCCUUCCUAAGUGGCAAAGAUGAAACGGAAUUGGCGGAAUUGGACCGAGCUCUUGGGAUUGACAAAUUGGUCCAGGGAGGCAGCCUGGAAGUGCUGAGUGACAGAUUCCAGCCACAGCAAGCGACACCGUCUCUUCUAAUGGAUCAAAAGCCUGGCCUGUACCCCCAGCCUUAUUCUUCUGCUUCUACUGCUAAUCUCCCCAGCCCUUUCCAAGGCAUGGUCAGGCAGAAACCUUCUUUCGGGCCCAUGCCAGUUCAGGUACCAUCGCCCCGAGGGGCUUUCCCCACCAACAUGGGAAUGCAGCCACGGCAGAUUCUAAACAGGCCACCGACAGCCCCCAACCAGCUGAGACUUCAGCUGCAGCAGCGGCUACAAGGGCAGCAGCAGCUGAUACACCAAAAUCGGCAGGCGAUCCUGAACCAGUUGGCAGCAAACUCUCCAGUCGGCAUCAGUAUGAGGGCAGGCAUGCAGCCACAGAUUACGCCUCAGCCACCUCUGAACGCACAGAUGCUGGCCCAGCGCCAGCGAGAGCUGUACAGCCAGCAGCAUCGGCAGAGGCAGCUAAUGCAGCAGCGAGCCAUAUCAAUGAGACAGCAGAGCUUCGGGAACAACCUUCCUCCCUCGGCUGGACUUCCAGGGCAGAUGGGGGCUGCUCGCCUCCCCCAGGCACCCCCACAGCAGUUUCCCUAUCCCCCCACCUACGGUACGAAUCCAGGAAACCCUCCCACCUCCACCAGCCCCUUUUCGCAGCUGGCAUCGAACCCUGAGGCAGCACUGGCCAGUCGCAGCAGCAUGGUGAACAGAGGGAUGAUGGGGAACGUUGGAGGGCAGUUUGGUGCCGGGAUGACCCCUCCCAUGCAGCAGAACAUCUUCCAGUACUCUGGGUCAGCUUGCAGUGAAGCAGCCUGUGUGUUGUUCCCAGGUAUGGGUCAGCAAAGUGAGCCUGCAUUCGCUCCAUCACUCAGCCCCAGCAGCCCUCUGGUGUCGCCGCAGAUCCCUCCUUCGCAGAGCCCCAUGCUCCAGCCAGCUCCAUCGACCCCUGGGUACCCAUCCCCAGACAUGAAGACUUGGCAGCAAGGAACAAUGGGGAAUAAUAAUGUAUUCAGCCAAGCUGGGCAGAACCAGCCCACACCUGCGCAGCAGGGAAUGUACAACAACAUGAGCAUCACCGUGUCCAUGGCCGGAGGAAACACAAACGUCCAGAACAUGAAUCCAAUGACUGGACAAAUGCAGAUGAGCUCACUGCAAAUGCCCGGGAUGAACUCCAUGUGCUCUGAGCAGGUAAAUGACCCAGCACUGAGACCCACUGGCCUUUACUGCAACCAACUUUCCUCCACUGACCGUUUGAAAACGGAAGCAGACGGGGCGCAGGUCAGUAAGAAACUGCUAAGCACAGACCCAUCUGAGCAGGUACAACAGGUUCAGGUGUUUGCUGACGUGCAGUGUACAGUGAAUCUGGUAGGCGGAGACCCUUACCUGAGCCAGCCUGGUCCAAUGGGCUCGCAGAAAAGCACGACAGGUCCUCAGACCCCUCAGGCCCAGCAGAAGAGCCUCCUUCAGCAGCUACUGACUGAAUAACCGCUUUUAAAGGAAUGUGAAAUUUAAAUAAUAAGACAUACAGAGAUAUAUAAAUAUAUAUAUAUAUUAUAUAUUUUUCUGAGAUUUUUGAUAUCUCAAACUGCAGCCAUUCUUCAGCUCGUAGUGUUUGGAGCAAAAGUUUUUUUGUUUUGGGGUUGUUAUUUUCUUUUUGUCCUUCGGGUGGUUUUUGUUUGUUUGUUUGUUUGUUUUUGUAAAAGGCCUUGGAUGUUGGCAAAGCGACAAGGCAGGACAGUCGGUUUCUUGAGCCAAAAUUACAGAUGAUUCUUAUUUUUGUAAUCAGUUGCUGGUAUCUUACUCCAGACGAAGGUUUCUCGGGGAAGUGGGGAAGGGGAUGGAGGAAGAAGCGAGUUGAAAGAGACUGCUUCGGAAGGAGGAAGAUCAUCUCAGUUUCAGCUGGAUCUGUCACUGAUUCGUGUCUCAGCCCAGUGGGAAGGUGGGGAAUUGACACCAGACUUCUAUCAGAAAGGCUGUUUUUAUUCAUGCUUAAAAAACCCAAACACCUUUUCUCCCCUCUGCCCCAGUCCGCUUGUGCGUACAAUCAGCUUUUUCUAGCAAUCGUGAGUUUGUCAGUUUUAAAGAAAAACAGAGUAUUUUGACCCACCAUUUUCCCCAUGUUUUAUGCUGGUGUUUAAAGCCUCCUAGUGAGAGAGGCCACAAUGUGUAUAUUGCAUCGGGGGAAAACAAUAAUAAAAAGACAAAAAAAAAGAACAGUUUGGGGGGGAAAGCUGCAAUAAUUUUUAGGGGAAGGAUGGGGAGGAGGGGGGACGGUUCUGUCAAUUGUAGAUAAAAAAUUUUCUGAUUAAAUAUUAAAUAAAAUUAAGCAGUUUUUUUCUGCUUUGAUUGUGCUUAACAGCUGAGGUAGCUUAAACUAUUUAAAAUAAUAAUAAAAAUAAUGAAAAUUCAA